AUGCCAGAAAACGAUAACGUCAAAGUGGCUAUUCGCGUACGGCCUUUAAGCAAUAAAGAGAAAGCAGAAUGCUUAGGAAAGCAAUGCAUUCAAGUCGAUCUUUCAAUGAGCUCUAUUUCAAUUGACACAAAAUCAAGUAUAAAAACUUUCACAUAUGAUUUCAUUGGGGACCAAGAUAUCACACAAGAAGAGUUAUUUGAAGUAAUUGGUCAACCUAUAGCAUCCAGCUGCCUUGCAGGAUAUAAUGGCACGAUUUUUGCCUAUGGGCAAACAGGUUCUGGUAAAACACACACAAUUUUAGGACCUUCCAGUUUAAAUCUCCUGUCCGCGAAUAUUAAUGAUUAUAACCUAAGAGGCCUCUUACCACGUGCAUUAGAAUUUAUUUUCAAUUCAGUCAAAAAAGAAAUAAAAAGAUGCAGCGGAGUUGAAUUUUUGCUAAAAUGUUCAUUUUUAGAAAUCUAUAAUGAGCAGAUUAAUGAUCUUUUAUUGCCUGAACAGAGAGGACUCCAAAUAAGAGAAGAUAUUAAAAAAGGAGUUUAUAUCGAAGGUUUACAAAUAGAAACUGUACUAUCAUUCGAGGAAACCUACGAGCUACUAAAUACAGGUAUUAAAAACCGCCAUGUUGGGGCAACAUCAAUGAAUAAAGAAAGCUCAAGGUCUCACUCAGUGUUCACGUUGGCUAUUGAAAGUAAAGAGAAAAAAGAUGAUUUAUGGAACUUUAGAUCAAGUUUGUUUCAUGUUAUUGAUUUAGCAGGAUCUGAAAGGCAGAAAUCGACUGAAGCAAGAGGUGAAAGAUUGAAAGAAGCCAGCAUGAUAAACAAAUCUUUAUCAACGCUGGGAAAUGUCAUUAAUUCACUGGUUGAUAUAUCUGAAGGGAAAAAUAGGCACGUACAUUAUAGAGACUCCAAACUUACGUUUUUGCUUAAAGAUUCUUUGGGAGGAAAUUCUAAAACUUGCAUUAUUGCAAAUAUAAGUGCUGCGUCGACUUGCUUUGGAGAAACGCUUUCGACUUUGAGAUUUGCUGAAAGAGCAAAAUUGGUGAAGAAUCAGGCUGUAAUUAAUGAAGAUACUGUUGGAACAAUUAAAGAGCUAGCUCCUCUCCCCUGUAAAUUAGAACAAUAUAUCGGUAAAAUAUCCAUUUUUUGGAUACUUUAACCCCUUUAAAUUAGGACAAUCUUUUUUAGCAAAUUUUAUAAUUAAAAUGCUAAUUUUUAUAAAAUAUUUUGACCUAAUUAAUGGAAAAAGUGCAAUUAGAAUAUUAUUUAAACAGUUUGACACUGAAUAGACUAAUAAAGAAAAAUUUAAUAUAAUCAUUCUUAAAGACAAAUUAACUCCCCUUUAAAUUGGAACAGGAUUUUUUGCUCCAAUUUAAGAGGGAGGGGAGUAAGAGAGGAAGUCAAAAAUUUAAAAAUUCAAUUAAAUAAUGCCAAGCUUCUCAAGAAUGUGGAUUGCCAAAGCUGCACUUCUGGAGAUCAUUCUAAUUAUUCUUUAUACGCCUUUAAUGAGAGGGUUAAAGAAAUCGAAGCCUUACUUGAACAAAAUUUAAAGCUUCGUCUUCAAAGCGAAUCUGUACUGCAGCAAGAAAUCCAAAGCCGAGAAAAUCUAAUUCAUGCUUUAAUGGUAACCCUAGAAAAAUACGAAAAAAAAAUUGAAUCUGACAAAAUGGUUAUAAAAUUCAGAGAAGAAGCAAUUAAACGACUCCAAAAAGGAGGAUUAGCUUUAAAUUCUCAGACAACUGAUGAACUUAAAGAAGAAAUCCUUUCAAUUAAGCGAAUUAAUGAAAAUCAUCCUAUAGCUGCAAAACUUUUCGUAGAAAAUGACACGUUAAAAGAGCAUAUUCAAAGACUCAAAAGUGAGCUCAAAGAAGACCUUAAUUCGCUCAAUUACAGACUUAAGGAAAAUCUAGAAUUUACAGAAAAGCUUCAUGCAAGUUUAAAGAAAAGUAUUAAGGAAAGAGAACAAUUGCAUGCACUUUUAACUGACUAUUCAAAGUACAGACAUGGAGAGUUAAUUUGUACACCAGAGAGAGAAAAUCGGAAAAAAAUAACUGAAGAAUUAAACAUAUAUAAAAGUAAAGUUGAAGAAUUGGAAAAUAUUUUAGCAGAAAAAAAUAAUAUUUUGAGAGCAAAUGAAAAAAUAAAUGAUGAUCCUAUGAAAAUGGAAGUAGACUGAGACAAACAGAGUAUUGAUGAUUGUUUUAGCGUGUCUCGCACAUCAUUUAGCUCAAAAAUUUAUGACCCACAAAGUGAAAAUUUACAAAAUUCGGAAAGAAGCUGCAAAGCAAAUUCCCAACAAAACAAUAAUGAAGAUAUCAAUAACUUGGUCAACGAAAUUGAGCUAAAAGAUGGUACUAUAAGAGUUUUAGAAGUAAAAGUAAAAAACAUGAUUGGAGAGAUUGAUUCCCUACGCAAAGAAAAUAGCCAGCUGAAAUACUUACUCCCCCCCCCCCUCCGUGAGCGAACAAAAAAAAAUUUGUUCACUCACGGAGGGGGGUUAAUUUUUUUUUUUAAAAAAAAUUUAUAUAUAAAUUUUAUAAAAAAUAUUUUUUUCGAAAUUUAAAAAAAUCCUAAUUUGCAAAAAUUGGGAAGCAAAUAUUAAUUUAAUUUGCAAAAUUUAUGUUUUAAAACGCAAUUUGUUUAAAAUUAAACAGAAUUUAGCUCUAGAUUUCAUUAUACUAAUUAUCACUUAUAUAUCAAAAUUUUUUUUCCAUUAAAAUUUUUUCUAUUAAAAAAAUUUUUGUUCGCUCACGGAGGGUGGGUUUUUUGGUCAAAAAAUGGUGAUUUUUCUAAUGGUUUUGUUCGCUCACGGAGGGGGGGGGGGGGGAGUUAGAAGAAAUGACUUUUAACCUGGAAAACAUUCUUGAGAAAACAACUGAUGAGCUUGAUAGGACUAAAGAACAACUUGAAAAAGUGCUCUCUCAAAAUGACAUUUUAGAUGCAGAAAACGAUUUUUUAGCUUCUACUAAUUCAGAUAUGAAAGUAUUAGUAGAAAAGCUUGAGCAAGAAAAUUCAAUGUUAAAAAAAAGAAGUAAUCAAAAUCAACCAAAUAUACAGCCAGAGCUAUUGCUAGAUUAUGAGAACUUGAAGUCGAAAUGUAGCUGAUAUCAAAAAGAGCUUGACCACCAAAAUGAGGAAAUGAGAAUCUCAGUGCAAAGCAGAGAACAAAUUCUUAAAGAACUAAAACAUUUACAAGAUGUAGAAUAUAUAGUUUAUGCACCACAAUAGAACGCUAUACCCCAGCAGAAUACCGACCAGUAAAAAUAUGGCCUUGGGCACCUGCCUUAUACAGUCUAAGUCUGAUUAGGCAUUUUAAAGCAAAAAAAAACUGAGAUUUACCAUUUUCAUUAUUUCUUUUUAAAAAAUCUGACAAGUGCAAAGUAAUUUUGAAAAUAAAAAUGGAAGCCAAUAAUUAUCAAAAAUAUUUCAAGAGCUAUAACCUUGAAAAAUCCAUUGAAGAUUGGCAAUCUCAAUUUAAUAUUUCAAAUAAAGAAAAUCAACGAUUAAAAUCAGAAAUUGACAGCCUUUCAAAAGAAAUUUCUAAGCUUGCAGGACAUAACAAUUUAAAACAGAAAAUUCAAAUGCAUGCAAGACUAAAGGAUGAAAACAAUAAAUUAAGAUCACAAAUUUUUAAUGUCAGUGAAGAGCUAAGGAUGAAAAGUGAAAAAUUGGAAAGUUUACAAAGAAAAUAUGAAACUCUAGCAAAUAUACGUGGAAUAUCAGAUUUAGAGGAUUUAGAAGCUUUGCAAAAGAAAAAGAUUGAGGAACUAGAAGAAGAAAUAAAGCUUUAUCAAAAUUCAAUAGGGAGGAUAGCCGAGUUCGUAAACACGUUUCCUUAUAAUGGGAAUCCAGAAGAUACAGAUAUUGCUGAUAUAGUUAUAAGUGUAAUAAAAGGAUUGAUGGAGUCACUGAGCAUAAAAGAAAGAGAAGCAUCUGAGAAAGAUAGAGAAUUGCAAAGAAAAGAAUCAUUAAUCAAAAUUUUGGAAAAUGAGCAUUUGCUGUAUAAGCAUAAAGUUGAAUUGAAGGAGUUUAACAAUAGGAUACCAUUAGAAGAAAAUGUGCAAAAAUAUCAUUAA